GAGGAGGGUCGCUUUACCAUCAUCUUCACCAUCUUUGACACUCCAUCUUUUGGAGUGCCCGCUGGCACCGGUUGGCAUGAGACUCUCCACAGCGGCGGCGCUCCUCACCGGGUUCAUCUUGGUUUUCUCGCCGGCGUACGACAGCUGUGGACCGGGCAGAGGUUACGGCAAGAGACGGACUCCAAGGAAACUCACGCCUCUCGCCUAUAAGCAGUUCAGUCCAAACGUUGCCGAAAAAACGCUGGGAGCCAGUGGGAGAUAUGAGGGGAAGAUAACCCGCAACUCCGAGCGCUUUAAAGAGCUCACGCCCAACUACAACCCAGACAUCAUCUUCAAGGAUGAGGAGAACACAGGUGCGGACCGCAUGAUGACGCAGCGCUGUAAGGAUAAGCUGAACUCCCUGGCCAUCUCCGUGAUGAACCUGUGGCCUGGUGUGCGUCUGCGUGUGACGGAGGGCUGGGAUGAAGACGGCCAUCACUCUGAAGAGUCUCUGCAUUAUGAGGGCAGAGCGGUUGACAUCACUACCUCGGACCGCGACCGGAACAAGUACGCCAUGCUGGCUCGUCUGGCAGUGGAGGCCGGCUUCGACUGGGUCUACUACGAAUCCAAAGGCCACAUACACUGCAGUGUCAAAUCAGAGCACUCAGUAGCAGCAAAGACGGGCGGCUGUUUCCCUGGAGGGGCUUUGGUGACAAUGGAGGAUGGCACUCGUAGACCAAUCCGAGACCUACGAACAGGAGAUCUUGUUCUGGCCUCAAUGGGAAGUGAUGGGUCUGGUGAGCUCGUCUACAGCAAGGUCCUCACCUUCCUGGACCGUAGCCCCAUUACUCAGAAGCACUUUUAUGUGAUCAGCACUGAGGAUGGGGACAGCGCCUCCUUAACAGCAGGUCAUUUACUGUUUAUCUGGGUUGGAAACUGCUCCAGCGGGGACCUGCCAGUGCUUGGAUUCCUCCGGACGAUAUUUGCCAGUGAUGCCCAGCCAGGGCAGUGUUUGCUGAUCGUCAAUGAAGGCGAAUUCAGGAUGCGUGUUUCACGGAUCUCUCGAGUGGAGGUGCGGGAGGACCGGGGGGCUUACGCCCCACUUACUGCCCAUGGGACUUUGGUGGUGAAUGGUGUGAUGACCUCAUGCUACGCUGCGGUGAAUGAACCACAGCUAGCUCACUGGGCAUUUGCACCUCUACGCCUGUUGUACAGCUGGACCGGACCGGAUCGGAUCCUUAAGAACGGCUUACACUGGUACUCUCAGGUCCUACUCAGUGUGGGAACACUACUGCUAGACUCAGAACUCUUCCACCCUUGGGCCUUAGAAGAUCAUGAAAGAUGAUGGAUUGAAAAGGAACUCAGAGUGAGUGAGGGGUGGGAAGACAGACAGAUG